AUGGCCGGUACAUUGGCAGAGCUGUUUUCUCACAGCUGGAAGACAUGGAAUAUCGCCAAACUGAUCAUGGGAGCCGCCAUGGGCUCCAUGCAGGCCAACACUCAAACCUAUGUCUCCGAGAUCACACCAACUCCUAUCCGAGGACUGGCUCUGUCCUUGUUCCAAUUCUGGGUUAUCAUGGGCCAGGUGAUUGCCUCGUGUGUCCUCGAGGGCACAAGCCACGUCAACAACUCGUGGAGCUGGAAGGGGAGCGUCGUCUCUCAGUUCGGUCCAGCUUUGUUCUGUCUAGUGAUGUUCCUAGCAUUCGUCCCCGAGUCUCCUUAUUACCUUGUGGCACAGGAUCGGAUGGAAGAAGCCCGGGCUUCCUUGGCCAGACUCCGCCGCGGUGAAGAUAUCAGCUUGGAUGAAGAGUUAGCAUAUAUUAGCAAUACUCUCGUGCAUGAGCGCAGCACCCGUAAGGACUCAGCUUCAAUCGUCGAAUGCUUCCAAGGCACCAAUUUACGACGCACGCUACUUGCUUGUCUACCCCUGGUAAUGCAGAUCCUCAUGGGUUACCCUCUAUGUGGCAAUUACCUUUCAUACUUCCUUACCCUUUCGGGCGUCAGCAAUUCGUUUCUAAUCACCGUGAUCUCUGUGAUAUGCUCUUUGAUUGCAUCUCUAUGUGCCUUCGGUCUCAUCGAAAGAGUAGGUCGACGGAAUCAGAUGCUAGCAGGUAGCUUCGGUAUGCUGGUCUGUCUCCUGAUCAUCUCUCUCCUGGGCUUUGAGGGUCUCGGCCAGGCCUGGAAUUACCGUGCACUGGCCGCAUUCUGCAUCAUCUGGGCCCUCUUUUACUAUUCCUCGGUGGGUGCAGUGGGGUGGGCGAUAGUGGGAGAAAUUUCAUCCUCCCGUCUACGGGCGAAGACAACAUCCAUUGCGGCGCUGUCCAGCUCCUUAUUCAACAUGAUCUGGUCCAUUUCUAUUCCCUAUCUAGUCAAUAAGGAAAACGCUGAUCUGGGACCUAAAUCAGCCCUGUUAUUCCUUGGGUUUGGAGCCUUUCUCACCGGGAUUUGUUAUUUCUGUUUGCCCGAGUCAAAGGGCAGAUCUUUUGCCGAAUUAGACGCUUUGUUCGAGGCCCAUACCCCGGCCCGGAAGUUCAACAAAUGA